ACUAAACAUCGACACCAGUGACCCCUACUGCAAAACUAGUGGAUAUGCGAAUUCGAGAAGAUAUUUAAGUUAGGUUUGUUUACGACCGUCGAAGAGUUUCUUUUCGAAAAGAUUAUUUUCAAGAAGUAUAUACGGGAUAAAGAAGAUCGUUAAUAAUGGCAAGCACGUCGAGCGAUCAGUCGUCCACGGCACAGAAAACAUGGGAAAUGACAAAUAACGUUGAGACCAUAAGCACAGCAGAUGAAAUCUAUCGAUACGAUCGUCAGGAGCAGCUUGAUAUACUCGCUGCCAAACCAUGGGAAAAAGAUCCUCACUUCUUCAAAGACAUCAAAAUAUCGGCGCUAGCUUUGCUGAAGAUGGUUAUGCAUGCCCGAUCCGGCGGAACUCUUGAGGUCAUGGGAUUACUCUUGGGAAAAGUAACGGCGAAUACUAUGCUCGUCAUGGAUUCGUUCGCUCUUCCCGUUGAGGGUACUGAAACUCGAGUCAAUGCCCAGGCCCAAGCAUACGAAUAUAUGACCGCUUACAUCGAGGCUGCUAAACAGGUUGCCCGUCACGAAAAUGCCAUCGGUUGGUAUCACAGUCACCCGGGUUACGGAUGCUGGUUAUCAGGAAUUGACGUCUCCACUCAGAUGUUGAAUCAAAAUUUUCAAGAACCAUUCGUAGCGAUUGUAAUUGACCCUGUUAGAACUAUUUCAGCUGGAAAAGUAUGCCUUGGAGCUUUCAGAACAUAUCCCAAGGGUUAUAAACCACCCAACGACGAGCCAUCAGAGUACCAAACAAUACCGUUGAAUAAAAUCGAAGACUUUGGAGUACACUGCAAGCAGUACUAUUCCUUGGAAGUAACGUAUUUCAAAUCCUCCCUUGAUCGUCGACUGCUUGAUUCUCUCUGGAAUAAGUACUGGGUUAACACGUUGAGCUCGUCCAGUUUGUUGACGAAUGCCGACUACACGACUGGACAGAUAUUUGAUCUUUCCGACAAACUGGAACAGUCUGAAGCAGCACUUGGUCGAGGAAACAUGCUCGCCGCAACUAAUGAUCCUUACGACCGUCGGAGCGAGGACAAACUCGUCAAGACGACAAGAGAUAGCUGUAAAACUACAAUUGAAGUUAUACAUGGUCUUAUGGCUCAAGUUAUCAAAGAUAGACUUUUCAAUCAAUUUGGAACCGGCAAAAAAGACUCUUAAGCUUAUUUUCUCUUACAGUGCAGUUUUUCUAUUGUAUACCUAUUAUUAAAAAGAUAAAUAAAUAAUAAUAUUGUGAUUUGCAACAAAUUUACUAUGUUCAAUACGAAAAUCAUUCCAAUCAUAAUGAGAAUAUUACAAAUCAGAGGUGAUAAUGUAACUGGUUACCAAAUCGUAACUACUUCUGUCCCUAUACAUUAUUUUAUUUAAAAAUGCAAAGUUUACUAGAUGUCAAAAUUUUUAUAAGAAUCUGUUAUGACUUUGUAGUAUCCUACUCCACAUAUAUUCCAAUGAAUUAUGACUUGUACAGUUGAAGCUGCUGAGUUGCAGUAGUAUAUUCAUGAAUUCACACACAGGCACAAACUUCCCAAUAAAUUCAUUUUGUCUUUCAGCGCAGUGCUUUUAAACAGUAAUUACAGUAACAAGUCAAAGUUUUAUGUAAUACAAAGUAACAGUAUUCAAUUAUUGUGGAAUAAAAAUACGUUUUAUUUUCACACCUUGACUCACUAAAAAGUAUAUACAGCAUCUUUAUCAUUAUCCAUUAUUAUUGUAACCGAUAAAUAUACACACAUUUACACAUAGGUAUGUACAUACAUAUAUUUAUAAAUGCGUAUAUAUUUAUAUAAAACUCAAAUAAUUAUGAGAACAAGUAGGCAGGGUUCAUCCCUAUUGGAGGGCUGAAACUUCUUUGUCAACAUAAUCAUGCAUACACUCAGUUACACGUAUCCUGCAGAUUAACUGCAAUCACCCGUUACGAACACAAUUCACAAGGGACGGAC